AAAAAUAAGUGGGCAUAUGAAAUAAUUGAUAAUAAGGGUGAAAUGGUAUUACUCAAAUUCAAAAAAGUCAGUGAUAAUUACAUAAUUCGUAAAAUGAUGCCACCCACAUUCGACAAUUACAUGUUGAUUCUUGAUCCGAUUAAAUAUUUCGAUAGACCUUUAAAACAUAAAUAUUUCAUGGUUAAUAAGAAAAAAUAUUAUGAUUCUGUCAACUUCGUUGCAAGCUUUAAGAAAAAAGAUGAGAAGAUUACAGAGGAUCUGUACAAUUAUGUUAAGGCUAGAUUGUCCACAAUUAUAAUCGGAUCUACUGUUUUACAAGAGG